CUAAAAUGCACAGCAGAAACAGAACGCUAGCCGGCUAGAGCAGACUUACCUAAAAGUUAAUAAAGAAAAUAGAAUUUGAAAAAAAAAUAAUAAUAAUUUUCCUUAAAAAUGUGCAAACGUGGCUUCGAACAAUUUCUCCUUAGUUGUGGACUGACGCUAUUGUUGGUCAGUUGUAUUUUAGCCGCCGCAUCCGAGAGACCCUGUCCGAUAGCAUACAGAUGUGCAGAUGUUGAAGAAGUCGUCUGGUCCACGGAUGGCAGCAAAUGUUUUGUGUGGAGAAAUGGCUGUCAUUUGAAAAAUGAAAAUUGUCAGCGUCUAAAUAGUAAACGAGAAGAGUUGCGAGAAGUCACCAAAGAAGAGUGUCAGGAAAUGUGUGUUGACGCCUGCAUAGAGAUUUAUAGGCCCAUAUGUGCUGAAUAUAACGGUGUCAGACGCACCUUUUCGAAUAGUUGCGCUUUGGAAGCCCAUAUUUGUCGCUCUGGAGAAACGUACAAUCUGUUUGGGCACGCGGAGUGUGGUACAAAUUAGCCGAUAACGCUCCAAUCUUGUGAGUUUCACGAGUUUGCAUUCAUUUACAAUUAAUAGUGUUUAAUAUGUGUAUGUAUUAGUGUAAAUAUGUAUUUGUAUUAAAUUUCAACAAAUUA